AUGAAUAGCGCUGAAUUGGGACGUAGAUGGAACAAAGAUCUUGCCCGUAUGAGAGGAUCUGGUAUGGCUGGCGAGUUCAAGGCCAAAGGAGUCAAUGUGCUCCUCGGUCCCGUCGCCGGCCCUCUUGGUCGAGUCGUUCGUGGGGGGAGAAAUUGGGAAGGUUUCGCGGUUGACCCUUACCUCUCUGGAGUGCUUGUCUCCGAGACUGUUACCGCUGUUCAGAAGGUUGGCGUGAUGGCUAGCACAAAGCACUAUAUCGGCAACGAACAAGAAACCAACCGUGUUCCCAAUGAAGAAAGAGAGGCCGUUUCGUCUAACAUUGACGAUCAAACGAUGCAUGAGUUGUAUCUGUGGCCCUUUCAAGACGCCGUGCGUGCAGGAACUAGCAAUAUUAUGUGCUCAUACCAGCGGGUAAAUAACUCUUAUGGCUGCGCAAAUAGCAAAACCCAAAAUGGGCUCCUCAAAGAGGAGCUUGGCUUCCAGGGUUUCAUUGUAUCCGACUGGGAUGCUCAGCACGCAGGUGUUGCUACCGCACUUGCUGGGAUGGAUAUGGCUAUGCCAUUUGGUAAUAUUUUCUGGGGGGGCAAUCUUACUGCUGCUGUGCGUAAUGGCUCUGUUCCCGAGCAUCGCAUUACGGAUAUGGCCACCAGGAUCGUAGGAUCGUGGUACCAGCUAGGCCAGGACAAGGACUUCAAGAGUCCAGGAUUCGGCAUGCCAGCCGAUAUCUCUAAGCCGCACCGAGUUGUUGAUGCCAGAGAUGGCUCGUUCAGAUCAACUCUCUAUCAAGGCGCUGUUGAGGGCCAUGUAUUGGUCAAGAACGUUAACCGUUCCCUCCCGCUCAAAGCGCCUAAGAUGCUGACGGUCUACGGAUAUUCUGCCAAGAAUCCCGACCAAAAUGGUUAUUCCAGUCUUCCGGCCGCCCAAGGAAUCUCAUUGUGGAGUUUCGGUCUCAGUUCUGUCGGUGAUCCGCUCAAUGCCCUUACAGCCAUGGUUGGCAGGUCUCCGAAUCCUCUUGGUAUUGCCGCCAACGGUACCAUUGUGUCGGGUGGUGGCUCCGGAGCUACAUCACAGUCGCUUGUUAUUUCUCCCUUUGAUGCACUUGUGCAAAAGGCCUACGCAGAUAACACCCAACUUUUUUGGGACUUCAGCAGAUUCCCAAUGGCCCCGAACCCAGAGACUGAUGCAUGUCUCGUCAUUGCCAAUGCCUGGUCCUCCGAGGGCUCCGACCGCCCGAACCUCCGAGAUGAUUAUACGGACGGCUUGAUCAAGAAUGUCGCAAACAACUGUUCUAAUACCAUUAUCGUCUUUCAUAACGCUGGAACGCGCUUGGUAGAUCAGUGGAUCGAUCACCCAAAUGUGACAGGUCUCAUCUUCGGGCACCUACCCGGCCAGGACUCCGGAAAGGCGCUAGUUGAUAUCCUUUAUGGCAAGGUUAACCCUUCAGGCAAGCUGCCAUAUACCGUCGCCAAGAACGAGAGCGACUACGGUCAUCUACUCAAUCCAGACGCUCCCAAGGGCUCAUACCACAAAUUUCCCCAGAGUAACUUUACUGAAGGAGUCUAUAUUGACUACAGACAUUUCGACAAGCUCAAUAUUGAACCUCGCUACGAGUUCGGCUUUGGACUCAGUUACACUAACUACAACUACAGCAACCUGCAGAUCGACAAGUUUGGUGUAAAUAUAACACCUUACCCUACUGGCCCUGUUAUAGAGGGUGGACAGGCUGAUCUCUGGGAGACCUUAGUUAAGGUCACGGCUGAUAUCACUAAUGCGGGACAAAUGGAUGGAGCAGAAGCUGCUCAGCUCUACGUUAGCAUACCAGGCGCUCCAUUAAGGCAGUUACGUGGAUUUACGAAGCCGUUUAUUAAGGCAGGCGAGACAAUGCCUGUGCAUUUUGAGCUGACUAGAAGAGAUUUAAGCAUUUGGGAUACCGUGAGACAGAGGUGGCUAUUACAGAGUGGUGACUAUACUAUCUUUGUUAGCGCAAGUAGCCGUAUCCUACCGCUUGAAGCUAAGUUAGCGUUUUAG